AUCGAGCCUGGACGUGCUGCCCAGAGGGCUGGAGGAGGUUUCAAAGAAGCUGCUGUUUCCUGUCCCUUGCUAGGAUGAACUGGGCUGAGAGUGAGCAGAACUGCUCUGGGAUGGGCUCCCAGCUGGUGGUGAUCAACAGCAAGGCAGAGCAGGAAUUCCUCUUCGAGCAGAUAAAACAACCUCCAGAAAGAGAGAAUUUCUACAUCGGUCUGUUUGAGGUCAAGGUUGGCCAGUGGCAGUGGGUGGACAAGACUCCAUAUAAUGUGACAGCAGC